GAAAAAGCAACAUCUUUCCUUCCUAGUAGAAAUUAGAAAAGCCCCUCACAACACGUCUCCCUCACUUCAAUUUUCCAUCCCUCAAACCCCCAAAAAAGCUUACUCUUUUUCACUCCAUGCACCUAAUAAUAACGUAUUCUCUCUUUCACACACGGUCUUCCCUCCCCCUUCUACCAAAUUUCCUCAAAGUCACCAAACCCACUCCACCCUAAUAAAAACCAGUACCAUAUCAACAUAUCAAUCAAAUUCACAGCCAGGAACCCCUAUGCCUAUCAAAAUGCGUUGCUUUAAACCUCCGGCCUUGGCUAUGAUUGCCAUUUUCCUUUUGAUUGCCUCCGUUGCAGGUCCAGUCCACGCUGACGAAACCCCACCCGCGCCUGGCGAGGAAAAGUGCGGCUCGUGCUCUCAAAGCCCCCCUCCGCCAUCACCGCCACCACCAUCUCCGCCGCCACCGUCAUUGCCGCCGCCUUCUCCCAAAAAACCACCGCCGUCCACUCCGUACUGCCCUCCGCCGCCAUCGACGCCAUCGACGCCAUCAACGCCAUCGACACCAUCAACGCCAUCAUCACCGUCCACGCCGUUGAUAUACAUCACCGGUCCACCGGGGGACUUGUACCCUGUUGACCAUAGUUUCAAUGGUGCUAGCCGGAGUUUGGUCACGGGGUCACCGGUUUUGGUUGGCUGUGGAUUGUUGGGUCUUCUUCUGGCCUUUUGGUGAUCAUGUACUUGUUCAUUCGUAAUUUCUUAUGCGGUAAGUAAGAUUAGUUCAGAUGGUAUAUGGUUCUAAUUAAGGGACAUAAAAAAUUUCUGGAUGUUAUAAUUAGGGAUCAACAGUUUGAUUUUUGUACUCCAGGGAAUUAUAAGGGCACAAAUUUAAUACUUUCGUUUUCAUACUUGCUCUUAUCAAUUGUGUAAUAAUCUUUCGAUUUCAAUUUUAUUGUCAAUCUCGUGAUCAGUAAUUACGUAAUUGACUUUGUUCUUUGGGUUCA